CCGCGCCAAGCAGUCUCUAGACCACGAGAUCCCCCUCUUUGAGUCGAAUCGCCAAAGAGACCGUGCCGAGUCGCUUGCAGAACUGUACUCCAUCAUAGUGGCAAUUAACGUUCUGGAGAAAUCUUUCAUCAAGGACAAAUUCCACGACAAUGAGGACUACUACACGAACACAGUUAUGCGACUGAUUAACCAGUAUAACCUCAUUCUCAAGGACGACGAAAUCAAGAAAGAAUUCGACGACCUGGAUAAAUUCGUACAACGUUUGCAAUUGGACUGUCCCCUGGCCGUCAAACGCAUCCAAAUCGGCCUCCCGGCAACCGCCACCCAGUCGCACGGCUCUUCAGCAGCCGUGAAUCUCGCUCCGUCCGCCAGCGGAAGCGAGAUCGCGCUCAAGGGCAAAGCAAUUGCCGAGGCAACGGGCUCUUUUAUUACCCUAAUGGACGCAAUCAAGCUCAAUUACAACAAUAAGGAGCAACUCCAUCCCUUGCUCACUGACAUCGUAACCAGCACAAACAAGGUGUUUGGCGACUACGACGGUCGCGCCAAGCUCGUGCAGUGGCUGAUCAAGCUCAAUAAUUUGAAGCUUAAUGAGUCGCUCACCGAAGAGGAGCUGAAGGAGUUUCUUUGGGACAUCGACGUGGCUUACAAGGGUUUCUUCAGUUUGCUCGACUGAAUCAGGUCACGACACAUCGUGUGUCGCGUUGCGACAGAAUUCCAGUAUUCUCUCUGCUCCACGCUGCCAAUUGUCUACAAAAUAUGUCCGUGCACGCCAUGUAAAAAUAGGGCUCCCACCUCGCACCGUGUACCAGAACAGGAUGCAAAUCUCUGAUAUUAAUUUGUGGAGAUCUAAAAAACAAAGAAAAACAAUCUUUUGACUUAGCUCUUUCGUUUGCCUCCUAACCUUCACUCGUUUCGUUGCUCUAGCUACCAUGUUGGGAUACAGAUCUUUGUUGAGCGUUCUUUGUUCGCUUUCUGUCGCCAGUGCCAUGAUUCCUAUCGAGAUAAUUGGAAACCGGUUCAUCAAGCCAGCCGUGGACGCAAGCGACGCCGGCGAAGUUUUCUUUGUCACCGGCGUCGACUACCAGCCAGGCGGGUCUUCAGACUACCAGGACUCCAACCCCACCGACGUUCUUUCCGAUCCAGAGGCGUGCUACAGAGACGCUUACGUUUUGCAGAACCUGGGCUCGAAAGUCAACGUUAUCAGGGUUUACACUGUGAACCCUGAGCUCAACCACGAUGAGUGUAUGUCGAUCUUCAAUUCUGCGGGCAUAUACGUCAUGAUAGAUGUUAAUUCGCCGCUCUCGGGCGAGUCUCUGGACAGAUACAACCCAAGCAAAUCGUACACUUACUCCUACAUGGAGAGGGUGUUCAAGAUGGUUGACGCUUUCAAAAACUACCCUAACCUGCUCGGAUUCUUCAGUGGUAACGAGGUCAUCAACGACGAAACUUCGGCUGCAGUCGAUCCAAAGUAUCUCCGUGCCGUUCAGAGAGAUAUCAAGCAGUACAUCGAAAAUAACGCCAACAGAACCAUCCCUAUCGGCUACUCCGCCGCCGACGUUUUGGAAGAUGGGCUCAGAGAGGCCACCUUGGCGUACAUGCUUUGCUCUAUCGACGGCGAUGAGGACGAUCUUUCCAAGUCCGACUUCUUUGGUAUCAACUCUUACGAAUGGUGUUCUGGCGUGUCCGACUGGGCUUCUUCCGGCUACGGCGAGCUCAACAAGACCAUUUCGAACUCCACGAUCCCUGUGUUUUUCUCCGAGUACGGCUGCAUCACCAAAACCCCAAGAACUUUCGACGAAGUGAGCGAGGGUGUCUAUGGGGGACUGGUCAACACCCUAAGUGGUGGUCUGAUUUACGAGUACUCCACAGAAGCUAAUGACUACGGUCUGGUGGAAAUUGCAAGCAAUGGUUCUGUCACCAUCAAGAAAGACUUCGACAACCUCAAGUCGCAGCUCGAAAACUCGACCAUUCCAACAAUCUAUUCUGACGAGGUGUCGAAGGCCAGAAUCGUCACAUGUGACAAGGAUUAUUUGGAAUCGCUGUCUUCGGUUUUUGAUGCCGACUUUGAUCUGCCUGAAGCCCCAGACGGAGUUGAGGAUAUGAUCCUGUAUGGUGCCAACAACUCGAAUGUCGGUAAAAUCGUGGACGUCGAUAUUAGAGCCUCGAAUUACACUAUUUUUGAUACCGAUGGCACCGAGAUCACUUCUGCGGUCAUUUCUGUGGCCUCCACCAACACCAUCAACAGUCAGACCGGCACGUCCGAGUCCGGCAGUGCUCACCAUCCUUCGACAACGUCGUCUGCCUCGUCCUCGUCUGCCUCUUCAGUUUCGCCUACGUCUUCGUCCUCCAGGGGGCAGGGUAACCGCAAUGCCCAAUGUGCGGGUCUGCUUUCGGGCCUGACAGUUGUCCUUUUGGCCUUGUUGUAGAGACUUGAUAUUUUUAUUAAAUGAAUUACUUACGCGACAUAAAAUAUGUUGCGACUUGCCAAAAC